AUGCCUCUUUCCAACGGAGAUGCGCACAGCGCCCGCACCGUGACCUCGCUGGGUGGAAGGACCGAGUUUGUCGAUUGCUCCAAGGCCCUGGACGUCCUGAAAACGGAAUAUACGUCUGGAGAUGGCCUGGAUAUAAAGGAGUUGCUUGACUCAAACAAGCGUGGGGCUCUGACCUAUAAUGACUUCCUGGUCCUACCUGGAUAUAUUGGAUUCCCUGCGUCUGAUGUGACCCUGCAGUCGCCUGUGACCAAGCGCAUCUCUUUGAAUGUACCUCUGCUCUCCUCUCCCAUGGAUACUGUCACGGAACAUUCCAUGGCUAUCCACAUGGCCCUCCUGGGAGGCCUCGGAGUCAUUCACCAUAACUGCUCUGCAGAUGAGCAGGCUGAGAUGGUCAGGAAGGUGAAACGAUAUGAGAACGGGUUUAUCCUCGACCCAGUCGUCAUCUCUCCCAAGACCACAGUCGCGGAGGUCAAGGAGUUGAAGCAGAAGUGGGGAUUCGGUGGAUUUCCUGUGACUGAGAAUGGAGAUCUUCGCUCAAAACUGGUUGGUAUUGUCACCAGCAGAGACAUCCAAUUCCACCCUGAGAUGAGUGACCCAGUUACUGCCGUCAUGUCCACCGACCUUGUAACUGCCCCUGCAGGCACCACUUUGGCGGAAGCCAAUGAAGUCCUCCGUGCCUCCAAGAAGGGAAAGCUCCCAAUUGUUGACGAGGCAGGAAACAUCGUUUCUCUCCUCUCUCGCUCUGAUCUAAUGAAGAACCUUCAUUAUCCAUUGGCUUCUAAGCUUCCGGACUCAAAGCAACUCAUCUGCGCUGCUUCCAUCGGCACUCGUCCCGCGGACAAGGAUAGACUCCAAAAGCUAGUUGAGGCUGGCCUUGAUGUCGUUGUUCUCGACAGCAGCCAAGGUAACAGUAUGUACCAAAUCGAGAUGAUCAAACACAUCAAGGCUACGCACCCCGGAAUCGACGUCAUUGCAGGUAACGUUGUAACUCGUGAACAAGCCGCGUCCCUCAUCGCAGCCGGUGCCGAUGGCCUGAGAAUUGGCAUGGGCAGUGGUAGCGCCUGCAUCACCCAAGAAGUCAUGGCAGUCGGCAGACCACAGGCGGCUGCUGUCCACAGCGUGACCGAAUUCGCUUCUCGCUUUGGAGUUCCUUGCAUCGCCGACGGUGGUGUCCAGAACGUGGGCCACAUUGUCAAGGCCCUUGCUAUGGGUGCUUCCACUGUCAUGAUGGGUGGUCUGUUAGCCGGUACCACUGAGUCUCCAGGCCAAUACUUUGUCAGCCGUGAGGGCCAACUCGUCAAGGCCUACCGUGGUAUGGGUAGCAUUGAUGCCAUGGAAGAAAAGAAGGCUGGCGGCAGCACCAGCGGAAGCAAGAGCACUGCUGGUACUGCCAGGUAUUUCUCUGAGAAAGACAGCCUGCUCGUUGCCCAGGGUGUAUCUGGCUCCGUUCUAGAUCGUGGAUCUGUCACCAAAUUCGUUCCAUAUCUUAUUGCCGGUGUCCAGCACUCGUUCCAGGAUAUGGGCGUCAAGAGCUUGCGAGAAUUACAUGAUGGUGUUGCGAAGGGAACUGUCCGCUUCGAGGUACGAACUACCAGCGCCCAAGCUGAAGGAAACGUCCACGGUCUACACACAUACGACAAGAAGCUGUACUCUUAA